AUGGCAACCACUGCAGUAAUCCCGGCCGAUGGCACCUUCCUCGACACCUUCAGCAAGUCCUUUGUGGAUGUGCCGGUGGAUGCGGCCAACGACAAUGCUAUCGACACGACGACCUUCCUCGAGGCAGCUGAGUCGCUGACGACCAUGUUUGACAUGCUCGGCUCCGUUGCUUUCUCGCCUGUCAAGACCGACAUGCUGGGCAACAUCAAAAAAAUCCGGGAACGCCAGCUGGCCGCCCCCGGCGAGUCCGCCACGCUGCAGGCGCUCGUGAUCAACGAGCUCAAGACCAAGAAGCACGUCGCUGCUGAGGGUCUGUUGUGGCUUGUCCGCGGCCUGGACUUUACGUACCAGGCGCUCUCGAAGAACGUGGCUGCGGAGUCCGAGGAGCUCGCCGACUCGUUCCGCAACGCCUACGGCAACACGCUCAAGCCAUUCCACAACUUCUUGAUAAAGCCCGUCUUUGCUGCCGCGAUGAGCGCUUGCCCGUACCGUAAGGAUUUCUACGCCAAGCUGUCGACGAACCAGGCACUGCUGCAGGAGAAGCUCCGGGAGUACCUGGCGGCGCUGGGCAACAUUGUCGAGAUCCUCAAGGCCUUUGUCACCAGCAAGGCAGCCAAGUGGUGA